AUGGCUCGCAACGGCGACGCGGCGGACGACCUCGUCGCCGAGAUCGACGCCAUCCUUCGCGACAGCGUAUGGGCUGGUGUACCAGGUCUGUCCGCCGCUGUGCACUCAUCGACCAAGACGUGGACCUUUUCCAGCGGCGUCUCCGACGUGCGAACCCUGGACCUCAUCGACGCGACGACGCACCUCUUCGGCAUCGGCAGCAUCACAAAAGUCUUUGUCGCCGUCGUCGUCCUACAGCUCGUCGAGGAGGGCAAACUCUCCUUAUCUGACACCGUGGGCGGCCUUCUCGACCCGGCCGUGUACCACGACAUUGUCGACGCCAAAGACGCGACCGUGGCGCGCCUCCUGAGCCACGAGGCGGGCAUCGACUCCUGGGAAGACGACCCGGACUGGAUCCGCAGCGGCCGCGGCAGCGAGACAGACCCUUCUCACAUUUGGACCAAGACGGAGCCCCUCGACUACAUCCGCCGGCCCAAGAAGACGGCCCCCGAGCCCGGCAAGUGGUACUACUCCAACACCAACUACACAUUCCUCGGUCUCAUCAUCGAAAAGGCCGCGCAGAGCACCGCCGAGGUGGAGAUCCGGCGCCGCAUUCUCACCCCGCUCGGUAUGAGACAGACAUACCUUGAAGGCUUCGAGCGUCCUCCCAGCGACGGCUCUCCCCCUUGCCGCUACCACUGGGCCACUGACACGUUCCGCGACGCGGCCGGCAAGAGCCCCUCGUUCCCGUCCGUGAACGAGCGCCUCAUCGACUGCACCUCUUCGACCCUGUCCACCGAGUGGACGGCCGGCGGAAUCCUCUCCUCAGCACGCGACCUCGUCACCUUCGCAGCCGCGCUACGGGACGGCAAGCUCCUCAGCGCCGAGUCCCUUGCCAUCAUGACGGAGUGGCGGCCCGCGACCAACGGCGAGGAGAUGGGCCAUGGACUCUUCCGCAUGAAGCGGCCAGGAGGAGGCAAGUGGCUGGGUCACUUUGGCGGCGUGCUGGGCUUCACGGCGGCGCUCUGGUGGGAAGAGGGCGGCGACUGCGUCGUCUCGGUACUGUCCAAUGUGGGCACGAUGCAUGCGGGCAACGUACCGUCGAGCGCCGGCCACGUCGUGGUCAAGUCCGGCUUGUUGGAGGUUGCCUCCAAGCUGGCUAGCGGCUCUGUGCCUGUGGGCGAGAAUUGA